CUUUCUAGCAUACCUCCAACCAAUAUCAGCUACCUACAGACACUUCUCUCUUCUCAUCAAGUUACAUUACCUUGUUAUAAAAACAACCUGUUCAAAACAAAAUACUUUGCAACUGUCAAAAUGGUCCGUCUUCUUUCCUUCACUCUUCUGGCUGCUGCCACUGUCGAGGUAGUCUCUGCUGCUGCUCUGCCCACUCCACCGAGGCCCGCUGAAGUUACCAUUUGGCGUCGUAAUGAUGGCCCUCUCAGCACCAUAGCAGCAACUGCAGUUGAGACAGCCUUUCCAGCUGAGAAGACACCCACUGAGAUCGAGGAUGGGGAAGAUGUCCCCAAUGACGACACAGUUACCGGUGAGGAUGAUGAUGUCUUCACCGACGGUUUGCACUGGCGCCGCAGGGGCAAAUGCCGCUCUGAUCUGGACUGCGAUCUUGGCUACCUGUGCACUAGUGGCCGUUGCACUCUUGGCUGCCUGGCUGAUAAAGACUGUCGCCGGGGACAGACAUGCAUGGGUGGGCAAUGCCGUACUGCAGGCGGAGUCAACCCUCCUGCAUGCAAGCCUUACAAGCAGCUAUGUGCUGCCAAUGAAGAAUGUUGCUCAGGUGUCUGCCGCCUGGGAUGGCGCCUGACAAGGGUGUGCAAGCAUAACAAGCACUGAGGUGUCUUGUAUAAAUGGAGGAAUGAGAUUAUUCCGCCGUGAGGAGGGAAAAGGCGACCAAAUUGACAUGUUGAUGAGGUUUCUUUGAUUGUUUAACUCAUUUUGAUGUUUAGUAUUGGUUUACUAAAGUUGUUGAUUUGAACGAGAGUUUGGAGGAGGAUGUGUCUCAAACAUGAUGGAAGAAGUGGAUGAUAUGGAAAAGGUUGUUCAUGUUUGUUUUUCUAAGAUUUAAAGCAAGGAAAACACACACAAAAGACAAAAAAAAGCAAAAAAGGGCUUUUAACC